AUGUUGUACAAGGGUGAUGGAGUACUAAUCUGUCAGAGAAAGUUCACCAUGGUCCUGCUGAAAGAGUAUGACUGUUUGACAUACUCUCCUGUCAGUUCUCCACUUGACUCUAUUGUCAAACUGAGCAAAGAUGAAGGAACCCUCUUGCCUGAUCCAAGGUACUACAGGAAGCUAGUUGGGAAGCUGAAUUUCUUAACAAAUACCAGACUGGACAUAGCCUACAGUGUCCAACAUUUAAGCCAAUUCAUGCAAGCACCAAGGGAACCUCACCUAAAGGCAGAUGUUCAUGUCCUUAGAUAUCUGAAGAAAGACCCUACUUUGGGAAUCUUCUUGUCCAAUGAUCCCAGCUACAAUGUAAGUGCUUAUUGUGAUUCAGAUUGGGCUGCUUGCCCUGAUUCAAGAAAAUCUGUGAAUAGGUAUAUUGUGCUACUUGGGGAUAGUCCUAUAAGUUGGAAGUCAAAGAAACAAACUACUGUCUCAUUAUCCUCUGCUGAGGCAGAGUAUAGGUCAAUUAGAAAAGUUGUGGGAGAAUUGGUGUGGAUAAAGAGAUUGCUGGAAGAGUUGACAGUCAUGUGUGCUGAUCCUAUAACUGUAUUUCGCGACAGUCAAGCUGUUGUUUAUAUUGGAAGAAAUCCCGUGUUUCAUGAGAGGACAAAGCAUAUUGAAGUAGACUGUCAUUUUGUCUGGGACAAGAUACAAGAAGGGCUGAUUGAACUACACCAUAUUUCUACUUCUGUUCAAUUAGCUGACAUCCUCACUAAGGCUCUCACGGGAGUCAAACAUUCUGAUCUUCUCAGCAAGUUGGCAGUGACUUCCUCACCUCCAACUUGA